UAUUUUGACGCAGGACAAAUGUUUACACACGCUUGCCGACGUCAGAUAGUAAGAUGGAUGUGGAGAUGGAGUGUUUGUCCUAUGGAUGCGGGCAGAGGUCAUAUGUCCUUCUGCUCUACACGACAGGAGCACCUUCAAUCGUCUCACACCAGUCAGGUCCCACAACGGCCGGGAGCACAGCUUAAUGUACGCUCUCUGCUCGAAAUGGGCUUUUCAGAAACUCAAGCCGAUGAGAUGCAUGAAGGCGCGUUGAAGAGCCGUGGGAAACAUGUUCCAUCGAUCCUGACAGUACUGUUACUCUUAGGGCUAAACCCGGCCAGCAUCCUCAAAAUAAUGCAGAAAUGUCCAGAGGUUUAUUCGCUUAAAGGUGCAGAGAUACAGCAGCGCAUCGAUAAUCUCAGGAAAUUGGGAUUGGUAGAAGGCAGUUUGCAGAGAGUGAUCAGUCACUACCCAAAGGUCAUGGUCCUGCCGAUCAAGAGGGUCAACAUGGUGUCUCGAUUGCUCAAAGAGAAAUGCCACAUUACCGUCCAGCAGCUCACAGACAUCCUCAGAGACUCACCUGAGGUUUUAGAGGAGGAUUUGGCCCGGUUAGAGUACAAAUUUCAGUAUGCAUAUUUCCGCAUGGGUGUGCGGCAGGCAGAGAUGGUAAAAGCCAAGAUGUUUCGUUUGACACUGUCCAUGCUGCGUUGUCGUCACUGUUUUCUUGAGCGUAGAGGACUGUACCAGACACCAGACAAGAAGGGCCAAACGCUCAUACUUAACCCAUUGCUCAAAGACUUCCUCUGCGUCUCCGAGGAAACCUACCUAACUCAGGUUGCUAUGGCAACGGCAGAGGAGUUCCAUGUGUUCUGUAAACUGAUUGAAAGAGAGCAGGAAGAGGAGUUCAGCAAUGAGGAACAGGAGUUGGGUGAUGAUGAUGAUGAUGAUGAUUUUGAUGAAAAACACUGGAAGACUGGCUACAAGAGGGACAAAAAAUAAAAAGACAUUCUACACGUUGUUAUAUAACAUCUUAAAAUGAUUAAAGGAACUAUUUCAUGUAACAUAA